CUGCUGUCUGUCUGUCCACCCAUCCGUCCGUUGGUCCCCCUGGUCAAGGAUGAGGUACCUGGCCCUCGGGCUCUUUUGCCUGCUCUGCUGCGAUGCAGUCCGAGUGGACCACAGACACAGACGCCGUCCCAGACCAUCCGUCCUGUCCAGAGGACGCAAUGACUCGGCCCUCCAGUCCAACUCAGUGGGUAAGACCAGCAGAGAUUACUGCUACUAAAGGAAAUGUGGUGCUAGCUAAAUACUGUGGUUUGUGUCACAAUCAACACUAUCAACAAGGCAGGUCCUACAGGCUCUAGUUUUGUCGCACCUGGACUGCUGUUCAGUCGUAUGGUCAGGUGCCACAAAGAGGGACCUCGGAAAAUUACAAUUGGCUCGGAACAGGGCAGCACGCCCUUAAAGCACACGGAAAGCUAACAUUAAUAAUAUGCAUGUAAAUUUCUCAUGGCUCAACGUGGAGGAGAGAUUGACUUCAUCACUAAUUGUUUUUGUAAGAAGUGUUGACAUGCUCAAUGCACCGAGCUGUCUGUUUAAACUACUAGCACACAGCUCGGACACCCAUGCAUACCCCACAAGACAUGCCACCAAAGGUCUCUUCACAGUCCCCAAGUCCAGAACAGACUAUGGGAGGCGCACAGUACUACAUAGAGCCAUGACUACAUGGAACAGGUAACUGAUGCAAGCAGUAGAAUCAGAUUUAGAAAACUGAUCAAAUACACCUUAUGGAACAGCAGGGACUGUGAAGAGACACACACACAGGCACAGACACACAUACAGAUGAUAAGACAUGCACUCUACACACACGUACACAUGGAUGUUGUAUUGUAAAUAUGUGAUAGUGGAGUAGUGGCCUGAGGGAACACACUACAUGUGCAUUGAGUCAAGUGUUAUGAAAUGUAAUCUCAUGUAAUAUUUUAAAUCAUAUAUAACUGCCUUAAUGUUGCUGGACCCCAGGAAGAGCAGCUGCUGCCUUGGAAGCAGCUAAUGGGGAUCCUUAAUAAAUACAAAUACAAUGGAAAAUACAUGGAAGAUAGUGGAAUGCAUGGAAUAUAAUGGGACAUACAGUACAAUAUAAUGGGACAUACAGUACAAUAUAAUGGGACAUACAGUACAAUAUAAUGGGACAUACAGUACAAUAUAAUGGGACAUACAGUACAAUAUAAUGGGACAUACAGUACAAUAUAAUGGGACAUACAGUACAAUAUAAUGGGACAUACAGUACAAUAUAAUGGGACAUACAGUACAAUAUAAUCGGACAUACAGUACAAUAUAAUGGGACAUACAGUACAAUAUAAUGGGACAUAUAGUACAAUAUAAUGGGACAUACAGUACAAUAUAAUGGAAUAUACAGUGUAAUAUUCAUAUGUGUCAGCAUACUGAAUUGAAAUUGGAUGCAUUCUACCGUCGUAAUCAUUGGUCUGUAUUUCUCCUCACAGUAAAGAUCAAGUAAAAUCAAUGUGUGACCAGGGAAACUGGUCCUCUCUAGAGGGAUAUAUGGAGCCUGUAGACAUUUUUCUUCUUGUCUUUUCCCAGGCUUAGUUUAACGUUGACUGAUUUACAGAUUACUACUGGAGACUAGAGAACUCAGAAUCUUUCCCCUGCUCUCAGAGUGACUGACUGAGCACACAAAGUAAUAAUCACUGUCCAAACUCAAAUAGAAAGAAUCAACCAGAUAGUGUCAGAAUUAUGUACUACAGUACUUUAAGUAAGACCCAGUAAGACCCAAGUUUUGGGUUCUUCGUACAGAGAGCCCAUGUAAAUAUCAGAGUUCUAUACGGUACAGUAAGACUACUUCCAGUCAGAUUAUCUGUAUCAGAGAGCCCCUGUAAAUACUAUAUUAAAGUUACAGUAAGCCUAUAUACAAUACAAUACUUCCAUUACGGCUUUCUUUGUGUUCUCCCCCAGAGAGCCUGUGUAAAGGGAAGCCCCUGGAUUUUGUGUUCAUCAUCGACAGCUCCCGCAGCGUGCGUCCCAGUGACUAUGAGAAGGUCAAGACCUUCAUCACCAACAUCCUGGCCUUCCUGGACGUGGGGCCGGAGGCGACGCGCGUCGGGCUGCUGCAGUAUGGCAGCGUGGUGCAGAACGAGUUCUCCCUCAACACCUACAGCAGCAAGGUAGUCUAGGCCCUAGGGAACAAGUUAUCCCAUAAUACCUACCGCAGCAAGGUAGCCUGGGGAACAAGUUAUGUCUCAACACCUACAGCAGCAAGGUAGUCUAGGCCCUAGGGAACAAGUUAUCCCAUAAUACCUACCACAGCAAGGUAGCCUGGGGAACAAGUUCUGUCUCAACACCUACAACAGCAAGGUACAUUCUUAGAAAACAAGGUGCUAUCUGGAACCUAAAAGGGUUCUUCGGCCGUUCCCAUAGGAGAACCCUUUGAAGAACCCUUGCUCCCCAAACUACACUCUUAGAAAAAAAGGGUUCCGAAAGUGUUCUUUGGCUGUCCCUUUUUGGUUCCAGGUAAAACCCUUUUUGGCUCCAGGUAGAACCCUUUUGGUUCUAAGUAGAACCGUUUUGGGUUCCAUAUAGAACCCUUUCCACUGAGGGAGCCAAAAAUAGUUUUUACUUGGAACCAAAAAGGGUUCUCCUAUGGGGACAGCCAAAGAACCGUUUUGAAACCCUUUUUUUUCUAAGAGUAUUGUUUGGGGAACAAGUUCUGUCUCAACACCUACAGCAACAAGGUAGCCUAGAGAACAGGUUCUUCUUCGAGACAGUUAGCUGAAUAGCCGUUGUGCCCUUGAGCAAAGUACUUCUACCCACAGGAAUGUUGCAAUGUGGCUGAACUUGUGCUCCUCCCAAAUGUGUGCCGUGUGUUGAGACUGGGAGCAGAGCAGAAGAGACAGAUGGACUAUUCAGUACUGUUCUAUUCUUUUUACCAUAUGUUUACUUGGUUUUCCAAGUACAGUUGCACAGAAACAGUCUGUAACAAGAAUCCCCAAUAAACUAACCCACCCAAAUUAACAAACACAGAACUGUUGUAUUCAAGGCAGAUGUGGAGCGGGCGGUGAAGGCCAUGGACCACCUGGCCACCGGCACCAUGACCGGCCUGGCUAUCCAGUACACCAUGGAGACAGCCUUCACCGAGCCAGAGGGCGCCCGUCCCACCGACAUGCACAUCCCCCGCAUCGCCAUGAUCGUAACGGACGGGCGUCCCCAGGACACGGUGGAGGAGGUGUCGGCACAGGCCCGGCAGGCAGGCAUCCAGAUCUUCGCCAUCGGAGUGGGCAGGGUGGAUAUGAACACGCUGCGGGCCAUCGGGAGUGAGCCCCACUCUGAGCAUGUGUACCUGGUGGGCAACUUCAGCCAGAUAGAGACCCUCACCUCCGUCUUCCAGUCCAAUCUGUGUGGAGGUGUGUGUUUUCUCUCUGUUAAUCUCUCAAUACACUCAUGUGCUUUAUUCAUUAUAUUGAUGGAGAUUCUAAGGAUUUAUUAUUUGUGUGUGUGUGUGUGUGUGUGUGUGUGUGUGUGUGUGUGUGUGUGUGUGUGUGUGUGUGUGUGUGUGUGUGUGUGUGUGUGUGUGUGUGUGUGUUUGCGUACAUGCAUGUGUGUGUGUAUUAGGUACAGACCUGUGCUCUGUGGUGGACCAUCAGUGUGAUCACCUCUGUGUGAGCACCCCAACCUCCUACAUGUGCCGGUGCAGAAAGGGUUACACCCUUAACUCUGAUGGCAAGUCCUGCCGCUGUAAGUGAGUCACUUAGUCGACCACAUAAUUUGACUAAGAACAUGGAAAAUAUAUUUUGGACAGACAAAUUCACCAGUGGGGUACAAUGAAGCUCUAAAAUGCGAGCUGGAAUUGUCUUGAAUAUGUUAUUCUUUAAUUUGAUCACUUCCUCCCAAAUCACUACUAAUCACACUGUUAUUGGUCCAUGUAUACCGGAAAUAAAGUCAGUGGUGUAAAUCAGAAUCAGUGGGGUCUAGCUGGCUGGGUUAGGGUUGGCCUGUGGGACGGUGCAGUGCUAGGGCUGGUGGAAUAGCAGGAGCAGCAGCAGAAGCAUAGGGUUAGGGUUAGGGUUAGGGUUAGGGUUAGGGUUAGGGUUAGGGUUAGGGUUAGGGUUUAGGGUUAGGGUUAGGGUAAGGGUAGGGUUAGGGUUAGGGUUUAGGGUUAGGGUAAGCGUUAGGGUUAGGGUUAGGGUAAGGGUAAGGGUUAGGGUAAGGGUUAGAGUAAGGGUUAGGGUUAGCUACAGCAGUAGCAGUAGCAUUAAAUCCUAUCUUUGCCUAUGUUGUGGUCCUCCUGGUUCUGUAGCGGAAGACCCGUGUGCUGUGGUGGACCAUGGCUGUGCCCACAUCUGUGCCAAAGUGCCAGGGGUACUUGGCUACGAGUGUCGCUGCCGGCUUGGGUAUGAACUCAACGAGGAUGCGAGGACGUGCCGAAGUGAGAUUCUUAACAUUUUCCUCUUUCGUUCCUCUUCUUUUGUGUGAUUAUGACUAAAGUUAACUUAGAAAAAACUAUGAAUUUACUCUGAAAACAAUUAAUUUAUCUGCUUGUGAAGGUUAACCUGAAUUCCAGAUUUCCAUCUGUCCGUUCAUUGCUCAAAUCUGAUGGUCUGUUAUACUGAAUUUAUACUGAGUUUUGACCUGACGAAGAUUCGUUUCGGAUUGGAAACGUUGUCAAUAAAGCGGUGAAUUGGGAGCUUUAACAGCCUUCUUGUUCUUUACUAUUAUACUGAAAACAAUAAAUAAUUUGUUUUUGGGUUACAUAUCAGUCCAUGGGCUGGCUCAGUGAUGCAACUAUGCUUGACUAUUGUAGUGUGCACAAUCAGUUCUUUAAGCAGUUGAAGGGAUGAACGUCCCAGAUCAGUACAACUCUAAUACAGUAUUUGGUCUAUCUUGUUGCCAAAUGGAGGUCCAGGUCCACCCACAUUUGGACAUGCCCCUAGCUCUCUAGUGGAACUUCAGACUUCAGAGUAGUGUGAGGGAGAUCUCCAAGAGGAAGUGUGCUUUUUGAAUCAUCUCACUGGCUGCUGACAUAUGGGGGAGUGUGUACAGGGUGUCAGAAUACUAAGAAAUAAUAACAGACAGCCAGGGUUUGAUCUGGUUUGAUCUGUGGAAAGGGCUAUACAUGGAACCCAAAAGGGGUUCUUUAAAGGGUUCUCCUAUGGGGACAGCCGAAGAACCCUUUUUGGUUCUAGAGAGCACCUUUUUUUCUAAGAGUGUAUGUUCUGAUGCAAAUUGCCCAAUAAAGUUGCACUGUACUGGAUUAGAGAUACAUUUGAAUUAACUUCAGAAAGCACACCUCUCGAGCGUAUUAGAAUCCUAACACAUUUUAGAUAUUGAUUUCAGAGCACUGUGGGUUAAUCAUAAACUGUAAGUGCUUUUUAAACGUACAGGCAAAAACAACUGAUAUUACAGGAAAUAAAGGACAUUCGAAAUUAAAGGCAUCUAUUCACUGCUUUAUCUCUUGUUAACAUCCUGAGAGUAAUGUAUGAAUUCAAGCCAAUCUAUGUGAGUGACUCUACCUUUUCCCCUCAGGAAUAGAUUACUGUGACCUGGGGAACCAUGGCUGUCAGCAUGACUGUGUCAGCACUCCUGAGUCCUACAUCUGUAGAUGCACGAGGGGCUAUGUUCUCAACCUCGAUGGCAAGACCUGCAGCAGUAAGUUCACCACUACUCUGGUUAUAUGAACUGUGUUACUGUGCUAUUAACAACACUAUACUCAACCUCCCCCUCCUGAGAUGGCAGUGCCAGUACACCUCUAAAAAAUGGUUUAAAAGAUAUUUAAUCUAACAAAUAAAGCAAUCAUAACUGUUAAUUCAAAAUAUCAGUCACUGGAAGGCUCAGCAACAGAGUGCUGCGCUCACUGUGUGGGCAGUUUUGAGGAAAACAUUUGUAAUGUAUUUAUAUGUUGAAUGUAGUGAGUAUGUGAGUCAUUGUUAUAUUUCUACAUAACAGUGUAGACGUGUUAGUUCCCUGAAAGAGUAUUAGUAUGCAUUGUCCCUUUCUCUCUCCUGCCUUGUCUCUAUCUCUGUAUCCCAUGUGACUAACGGCUCUCAGAGAUUGACCACUGUGCUCUUGGCGACCACGGGUGUGAACAUGAGUGUGUCAACACUGAAGAUUCAUUUUUCUGUAAAUGCCGAGAAGGCUACAUACUCAGACCUGAUAAUACAACCUGCAAGAGUAAGUCUAACCUGCUUCACACUAGAAUAGUGUAUGCUCUCAGUCUCACCUAAUGCACAGAAAUAUAAUUUGUAUUCAACAUUUUACUUAGAUUUCAACAUACUAGCAAGACUUGCUUAUUGACCUCAACAACUGGGUCUGAUCCCUUUUACUCACUGCAGAGCUUGACCCAUGUUCCCUUGGUAACCAUGGGUGUGAGCAUGACUGUGUGAACACUGAAGAUUCAUUUGUGUGUAGAUGUCGAGAAGGCUACACACUCAGACCUGAUAACAGAACCUGCAAGAGUAGGUCCAUGGCAUGCUUCCAUGUCUUACUAUCAGCUGUGCUGUAACAGAUAUUUUGGACAUUGCACAGUAAUGAGAGGAUCUUCUCUAUGCAUCAUGCUGUUUUGGCCCAAUGGAUUCACAUCCCUUUAAAUUGAUACGUUAGAAUGAAUGUGUUACAUAUUAAUGGUUAUGUGACUGAUUUAAGUUGGACUGCCUUCAAAUAUACACCUAACUGCCUAUUUUGUAAUGGGUCUGACUGUGACUGAGUGUUUUUCCAUCCUGGUAUUUAUAUGUUACAUAAUUUGGAUGAGUUGUGAUUGUGAUGUCAUGGUUAAUCCUGAUGCUCCCGCUAGCCCAGGGUGUUCUUUUCCUGGAUUAAGAGGAAUAUUCUGUACUGUUUGACAGUGACAGGCACCUGGGAUGAAGGAAGAAAGAGUAGCUCUCGAUAGGUAGAUAAAAGGAUAUUCAUGCACAUUAUUACCAAAUGUUGCAUUAAAAUGACUGUAUGUCUUUGGAACCAUGAAGCCUGGAGUAGAGGAGUAGAGAACACACAUUUCCAUUACUAAUGAGAAUUAUCCUUAUUACUCUUUCAAUGUGACCUGCACCAGGGGCACAACUUUCACUGGAGACGGGGGACAUGUCCCCCCACAUUCUGAAAUUGCAGUUUUAUCAUUGGAAUGUGAUACAAAACUAGGCAACGGUGUGCCUUAGGACCAUGCGGAUGCCUCUGAGCAGUCGGUAGGCUGUUUGGAGUGUUUAUCCAUCUUUAUUAAAAAUUAAAAUAUAUAAUUAUUUAUGUCCCCCCCACUUCUAAAACCAAAGUUGCGCCCCUGACCUGCACACAGGUCUUCAUAAUGUUGGGCCAUUAUUGUAAAAUGAGCCAGUUAGUAGCCUAGCAGCAACAUCAUUUAAUUGAUGUAGGCUAGUACUUUCUGCUGCUAUCUUGCCAUGGUAUAGUUGAUUUGUGGUGUCUUGACAUGACUCAACACUAUUUGUCUCUACUAUGGCAGAGGCAGAGUGUGGAGAUGGAGUGAUGGAUCUGGUAUUUGUGAUUGACGGCUCUAAGAGCCUGGGGCCGGCCAACUUUGAGCUGGUCAAGCAGUUUGUGAACGGCAUCGUGGACUCUCUGGAUGUGUCCGGCAUCGGCACCCACGUGGGGCUGCUGCAGUACUCCACUAAGGUCCGCACGGAGUUCACCCUGGGUCAGUAUACCUCAGGCCAGGGACAUCAACAGGGCCGUGUCGCGGAUGCAGUACAUGGGCAGAGGAUCCAUGACGGGCGCUGCCCUGCGUCACAUGUUUGAGUACAGCUUCUCUGCCAAGGAGGGGGCCCGGCCCGACAUGCCAUGGGUCAGCAUCGUGUUCACCGACGGACGAUCACAGGAUGAUGUGUCAAAAUGGGCCGGCUAAAGCAAAGGAUGCUGGUACGGUUUCUUUAUAUUGUGUUUGCUGAACUUGAUCUGAUAGCAGAGCCAUUUAAAGUCAUUAAUAAAGUACGAUCUUAUCUUAAAGGAGUCAUUCAUCCACUUCCUUCUGACCUGCUUCACCGCCCCCAGGUAUCACGAUAUAUGCACUUGGUGUUGGUAAAGCCAUCGAAGAGGAGCUCAGAGAAAUUGCUUCCGAGCCAGAUGAUAAGCAUUUGUACUAUGCUGAAGAUUUUAGCCACAUGGGAGAAAUUGCAGACAAAUUGAAGUCACGGAUAUGUAAAGGUACCCAAUGAAUAAAAUACACUCUAAAAUAACUUUCUCAUUAAAUAUCCAUCAUAGCCACACAAUAUUAAUUAUUUCUCACACUUUUCCUGCACAGUACACAAAUCCUCUCAUCUUGAAUACAUUAUUAAUUUCUAUAAAUACAAAUACUAAAACAAAAAUGCCCCAAAAACCCUCUAAAGUCUUAAAACUAAUCAGAUUUUUUAUGAAGGUGGUGCUCAUAGACUUCCAUAUUAUUAUUUAUACUGUGUGUUAGAUCGAUUUUUUUCUCAUGCACUGCAUUUCAGGAAAUAUUUAUUGACGAGCCGGUAAGUACUUGAUGUUCUGGGGGAAAUGCUGUACAUCUCUGCCACCUGCAGGUGAUUUUAUGAAGUACAACAGCAACCAAAUCAUUGGAGGCCUAUCAUUGUAAUGUAUAUUGUGAGGCUUUGUGAAUUAAUAAUUGUAUUGCACUUGAUCUGUGUCAGUCUGUUCCUAAAAGACAAUCCAUACUGUGUCUGUCUGUGAACAGAGAAACCCUCCCCUGAAGAGAUGUGUAAGUGUGACAACGUGAUGCUCUUCCAGAGGCAGGUCAACGAACAGCUUAGAAGACUGACCCAGCAUAAUAUCCUUUACAGCCCUGUGGUGGUGUGCAUACUUUGGAUAAGAUAUUUAAUAUUGCCAUGGCAUUGAAUCCUUUCCAAAUGGCCCCAUAUUACCAGUAUAGUGUGCUUCUUUAUAGUGUGAGUCCUAUAUGCCCUGGUCAAAAGUAGUGCACUAUAAAGGGAAUGGGGUGCCAUUUAGGACGCAGUCAUUAUGUUUAAAAAUGUGUUUAGUUUAAAAUCAAUAACUUCCUUAAUGUGUAAAUACUUGAGGUUGUGUCAAAAAGGAUGGAGACCCUUGAGAGUCAGCUUGGACACAAAUGAAGGAAGGACAAAUAAAUGUUUUCAUCUGUUCGUCCUCAACGGAUUCUUCUCAACUGGUCUGCGAUGCAAGAGCAUUACUAAACUUCAAGGGAUAACUUUUAGGGGAUAAGGGAUAAGCUAUUUCAACAAGCUACACUGAAACAUAAUAUGCUAUAUUUUCUACUGUAACUGCUAUUUAUAUUCUGAACAACACUAUGCAUUUAUGCAUGUGGCUGUCGACUGGAGUAAGUGAAGCCAAAAUUACUGUAUAUCUUUGCUACCUUCAGGUAUCAAAAUGUGUUUAUUUUUCAAACGUAAAAUGUUAUUUGGCAGAUAACUGCAAUUUAUAGAUCCAAAUAUAACUGGUAUAAGAUACAAUACAACAUUUUAUAAUGACAAAUUAAAGUAAAAUCACUUUGUAUUUCAAAAUAAAAUGCUUUCUAUUGCUG